ACCCAGGAUGGACACAGCUAUGGAAGCCAACCUGGGCGCUGCUGGCCACGGUCCCCGCACAGAGAUCAAUGAUGAGGACUACUACCAUCAGGGCAGCUGGGACACAGUCUUUCUGGUGGCCUUGCUUAUCCUGGGCCUGCCAGCCAAUGGGCUGAUGGCGUGGCUGGCUGGCUCACAGGCCCGGCACGGGGCUGGCACGAGACUGGCCCUGCUCCUGCUCAGCCUGGCCCUCUCUGACUUCUUAUUCUUGGCAGCAGCGACUUUCCAAAUCCUGGAGAUCCAGCAUGGAGGCCACUGGCCACUGGGCACGGCUGCCUGCCGCUUCUACUACUUCCUGUGGGGCGUGUCCUACUCCUCCGGCCUCUUCCUAUUGACAGCCCUCAGCCUGGACCGCUGCUUGCUGGCGCUGUGCCCGCGAUGGUACUCAGGGCACCGCCCAGCCCGCCUGCCCCUCUGGGUGUGCGCUGGGGUCUGGGUGCUGGCCACACUCUUCAGUGUGCCCUGGUUGGUUUUCCCUGAGGCCGCCGUCUGGUGGUAUGACUUGGUCAUCUGCCUGGACUUCUGGGAUAGCGAGGAGCUGCCUCUGAGGAUGCUUGAGAUCUUGGGGGGCUUCCUGCCCUUCCUCUUGCUACUGGUCUGCCACGUGCUCACCCAAGCCACUGCCUGCAAGACCUGUUGUGGUCAUCAGCCUAGGCCCAUGGCCUGCCAUGGCUUUGCCCGUGUGGCCAAGACCAUUCUGUCAGCCUAUGUGGUUUUGAGGCUGCCCUACCAGCUGGCACAGUUGCUUUAUCUGGCUUUCUUAUGGGAUGUCUACCCUGGGUACCUGCUCUGGGAAGCUUUGGUCUAUUCUGACUACUUGAUCCUGCUCAACAGCUGCCUGAGCCCCUUCCUGUGCCUGGCAGCCAGUGCUGAUCUCCGGGCCCUGCUGCGCACUGUGCUCUCCUCCUUUGCAGCUGCUGUUUGUGAGGAACGGCCUGGCAGCCUCACACCAGCUGAGCCACAGGCCCAGGUGGCCUCUGAGGGCUUGACUCUGCCAGGACUAACAGCUGAAGGCCAGCCUCAGUUGGAUCCAGUGAUCCUGCCUCAGGGGAAUCCCUCUGUCCAGCCACAGUCAGAGUCUGUGGUCCAGCCUGAGGUGAGGCCCUUGGUCCAGCCACAGUCAGAGUCUGUGGUUCAGCCUCAGGUGAACACUCUGAUCCAGCCACCGUUGGAUACUGUUGUUCAACUUGAGGUGAACCCUUUGACCCAGCCACAGUUGGAUCCUACGACUCAACCUCAAGUGAGCCCCUCAGCCCAGCCACAGUCAGAUUCUGUGGUCCAGCCUCAAGUGGACUCCCUGACCCAGUCACAAUCGGAUCCUGUGGCCCAGCCACAGUCAAGCAUGGAAGCCCAGACCCCUGCUGGUGGGGCUGAGUCAGCCUCUAACCCUGGUGAGGAAAACUCCCCUAGCCCUUCCCCAGAUCCCACCCCUGGACCCCCUGAGAAUAUAAACAGAACAGCUGUUCCUGAGGGAGAAAGCCCUAGCAGUGUCACGCCAAAAGAGGCCCCCAGUGCAGGACCUACUUGAGUGCCGGAGAAGGCCAAUAGAAGAGGCAGAGAGAGCCAAUAAAAGAGCUGGGAAGAGAGGUGGGGACACAAGAAACUCAAGC